GGCCGCGUGAUUUUGAGCAAGGGAUUCAGAACGAUCUGUGUAGGGAGCUGGCCAAAUCCAAGAAGCUGUCCUUGGAAUCCGGGUGCCUUGACGGACACUCGGGGCCUAACAGAGAAAUAAGGCAGAGUCAUUAUAGUUAUUUCUAAUAUCAAUUCCAAAUUAUUGACCCUUGGACAACAGUGCAAUUAUAUGAAAUCAUGUCUGGUUACAAGCCUGUAGCUAUUCAAACAUAUCCUGUACUUGGUGAAAAGAUCACACAAGAUACCGUGUACUGGAACAACUAUAAAACCCCUGUUCAGAUAAAGGAAUUUGGUGCAGUGUCAAAAGUAGACUUCUCUCCUCAGCCUCCAUAUAACUAUGCAGUCACAGCUUCCUCAAGAAUUCACAUUUAUGGCCGAUACUCCCAAGAACCUAUAAAAACCUUUUCCCGUUUUAAAGACACAGCGUACUGUGCUACUUUUCGACAGGAUGGUCAAUUGCUUGUGGCUGGCAGUGAAGAUGGUGGCGUUCAGCUUUUUGAUAUAAGUGGAAGGGCUCCCCUCAGACAGUUUGAAGGCCAUACAAAAGCAGUUCAUACAGUAGAUUUUACAGCUGACAAAUACCAUGUGGUCUCUGGGGCUGAUGAUUAUACGGUUAAAUUAUGGGAUAUUCCAAAUGCUAAAGAAAUUCUGACAUUCAAAGAACAUUCUGAUUAUGUGAGGUGUGGAUGUGCCAGCAAGCUGAACCCAGACCUCUUUGUAACAGGUUCGUAUGAUCAUACUGUGAAGAUGUUUGAUGCACGAACAAAUAAAAAUGUUCUCUGUGUAGAGCACGGACAGCCAGUGGAGAGUGUUCUGCUUUUCCCCUCUGGAGGUCUUCUGGUGUCUUCAGGAGGUCGUUAUGUUAAAGUCUGGGACAUAUUAAAAGGAGGACAAUUGCUCGUGUCUUUGAAAAAUCAUCAUAAAACUGUGACGUGUUUAUGUCUGAGCAGCUCCGGGCAAAGGUUACUCUCUGGCUCACUGGAUAGGAAGGUCAAAGUAUAUAGCACAACUUCCUACAAAGUAGUCCACAGUUUUGAUUACACAGCUUCAAUUUUGAGUCUUGCACUUGCUCAUGAAGAUGAGACAAUAGUUGUAGGAAUGACCAAUGGAAUAUUGAGUGUUAAACAUCGGAAAUCUGAAGCAAAGAAGGAUUCUCUUCCUAGGAGAAGAAGACCUGCAUAUCGAACCUUUAUUAAAGGAAAAAAUUACAUGAAGCAGCGGGAUGACAUUUUGAUCAACAGGCCAGUAAAGAAACACCUAGAAUUGUAUGACAGAGAUCUGAAAAAUUUUCGGGUCUCUAAGGCACUCGACAGGGUCCUUGAGCCCAAUUGUGUAAUAAAGACACCAGAGGUUACAGUUUCCAUUAUAAAAGAGCUAAAUCGAAGAGGAGUCCUUGCCAAUGCCCUUGCAGGUCGGGAUGAAAAGGAAAUUACUCGUGUUCUUAAUUUUUUGAUAAGGAAUCUGUCUCAGCCAAGAUUUGCCCCCGUUUUGAUCAAUGCUGCAGAAAUAAUUAUUGGAUUGAACAUCAUUGGAAUUUUGAUGGGAAUUGCAUUGGAUCUGCAGAUCAGUUUUGGUAAUGCAGCCAUUUUCACAUUGUUAAGUCCG